AUGUUCGAGCGCUCGGAAACAGAAAAAAACCCGUCGGCUUGCCCAAAACAAGACUUGUGGGCUGAGAUGAAAGGCCAAAAGUCAGAAAACCGAUACGAAAAGGAUUCCCCGUCCUCACCACGUGGGUUGAGUACCUGUUCAUCGGAACGGUAGACGCAAAAAAAGUGUGUGAGACGUCAGUGUGACUUUUAGACCACACGGCUCCGUUAACCACGUGGUCUGGAAAUCUUAGAGAGUUCCGGGAUUGCGAAAGAGCCUACGUGCUUGCCCAGACUAUUGUCGAGUUCAAACAUGCUUGUUUUCUCUCCGACGUCGGUCAAGUCAAUGGAACAGGCCACUCAAAUGUCGAAUGA